AAGUGUCAUCAUCAAAUCGGCGCAAAGCCAUCAGCAACUCGCUGAUGGGAGCGUGCAUUUUACUUAAAAUAAUCGCGUUUAAUCGUGCGCUUACUUAAAUAUUCCGCCUUAAUUGAUUAGUUCCACGAUCGGUGCGUGCAUUCAGCUCGACUUUUCCCAAAAUCGAACCUUAUUCAGCGGUGAAAAAUGUGUUGAAAAAAAAAAGUUCACGAGCAAGCGCCGAAACGGAGAGACAGAGGAAGAAGAAGUUUGAAAAAAAGUGCGCAACUCGGCACAGAACUUGGUUGGAUUAAAUUAGGGGAAAAUGAUUACAAAAAGCGCCAGACUGAACUUGAGCAACAACGAAUCGAUUGCGGACGUGUCGGCGGUCUCAACCUGCGGUCGUUCCGAAGUGGACACGAAUUCAUCGGAGCCGUCCAACGAAGAAGUUCGGGACACUUCUGCUGCCGUGCUGGUAGAUUCUGUUUACAUUGAAAACAAAAUUAAGAGUCUGCUCAGCCAGGAGGAUCACGAAAGUUCGUCGAAAGAGGCAACAAGUGUGCAAGAAGCAAAGGAAUUGGUGAAGCCGACCCCGAUCGGUGGUAUCCUGAUGGCGGAGGAUAGCUGUAACGCCGUGGAUAAUAAGAUUUCAUCGGAUGACGCGGAGAGUAACGAGGUGGCUCCGGAGGAGCUUUCGUUUAAUGGGAAGAUUAAGAGUUUGAAUGAGGACAAUGGCUCGCGGGGCGAGUCAACGACCAACUCGAAGGUCAACCGGGAAAAGCUGAACGAGUCGUUCGAACUGCUGACGAAGGAGAACAGUUCUCUGAUGCACUACAACAACGAAAAGUCUCCGGAUCUUUUUGCGGACGACGAUGACGAGGAGGAGGAGUAUGAACCUUCCAAGUCGGACCCGGAAGACGUCGAGGAGGACAAAUCGUUCAACGUGUCCGUCACGGGCAAUGCGAGCGCGAUGAGUCAAGUGGACCAGAUCGAGCGCGCAAUUUUGAAGCGCUUGCAGGCAUCUCUGUCGGGAGUGUUGCCUCCGCCGUCGUUGACCUACUCCCGCAUCGACGUCGACCGGAUGAUUACGUUGUACAGGGAGAACGAGGCGAACUUUUGCUAUCGUGAGACUGAUGCAGCGAAGGAGGUUGAAGAUGUAGAGUCCACCACCGGAAGUCUGAACAAGCCAACCCACUCGAUGGCCGAACUGCGGCAGACGGAGUGGCCACAGCUGCUGCAGUUGCGUGCCCACGGCGUUUGCUACAAUCGGUCCACCGAUACGGAGAAGAUCGAGUUGCUCGGGCUGAAGUAUAUCGAUCGCUACAUUGGGUCGGAAACGGGGUCGACGUUCAAUGUGCCGCGGUCACCGUCCAGCGCCAAGAAGCGCAACCAGCGAUUCAAAAUGUUGAACCAAUCUCCGGGAAGUCGGUUAAGCCAUCUGGCUCGUCGUCGCGCCGUCUUUUCCUCGGCCAACCUGCUCAACACGUCGCACGGGUCGGCGUCAGCGGCCUCCUCGUCAUCCAGUCAACCGUCCGCGUUCCGUUUGUGCAAUAGACAGAUUCUACUCGAUCCAAAGAAAUCCAACAAUCGUCGUAAAAACAAGGGUCGCACCCCAAAACGGCGCACGCCCGGUCGUCGAAAGACUCCACGCCGGAAAACACCCGGUUCAUCAGCCAAGAAGCGUGCCACGUUGAGCCUCCCAGUCGCCAAACCUGCCCUCUCAACCGUCAGCCGGGAAACCUCCAAGCGGGCUCUCUUCCAGAGUCCUCCAAACGAGGCGAAGGCGUCUACCUCCACAACCAUAAGUUCGGCCACCGCAAGUCGAGUACAGAAAUCGAAACGGGCACUCUUCUCUCCGCCGAAGCGCGCCCUCCGAUUCUCCUCCGUAACCGGCUCGCGGCCGGACCUGUCCGUGAAAGAAUCGCUGCUCUCGUCCUCGUCCCAGCGGUACGGUUCCACCAACAACAUCGACACGCUGCCGGAUUCCGGGCUGCGAAACCUCUCCACCGGAGAGUCGAUUGAUCUCGGCGAAUCGUCGGCUGCCGGCAAGCGGAGACGCGAAGAUGACCCAUUCGGCGACGCGCGGUCCGGAAAGAUGCCCCGGAUAGACUCGUCCGCGUCCAUCAACGAAGAGGACUUGACGCCGCGCUCGCUGAAGAUGGCCCGCAGUCAGAGCUUUUGCGUGGGCUCGCGCAAUCUGAGCACAAAGAGUGCGUCCGAGACGAGCUUCUGCGGGCGGUCACUGUUCCGCGCCAACUCGGAGGUUGGCUUUCCGGACUCGAAUCCGGCACGGCCCGUCACGGUGCUGACGGAGAACCACAAAAAGAAACUUCUCUGGGCGGUUUCGCAAGCGUUGCAAUCGAAGCAGAUCUCGGUCAAGCACGAACAGUUCAAGACGUACGCGUCGAACCUGGCGCGUGUGGUGAAGCGGUUGUUCCUCGAGUUCAACGACCAGACCGUGGCCAGCACCAGUGAAAAGCUGUUACGGUUGGCCAACAAGAACGUGUUCGACGUGAUCCAGGGCCGCACCGUCGACGACAUCUACCUGCGCGAAAAGACCCGCCUCCUGAACGCCCGCAACCACACCAAACUCCAGGGUUACAUCGCCCCGGAGGAGUACGAACAGCGCAAGCAGCUGAUGCGACGCAGCACCUCGACCUCGACGCUCCUCUCGGAGUCCAGCUCGGUCGCCGCCGACGGCAGCCAGCAGCUUCUGCUCAGCCAGAGUUCCGUUUUCUCGCAGAGUUCCGAGUUUCUGAACCAACUGUCGCAGACGACGACGGUGGCGGCGGCGGCGGCCUCGGUUCUGCGGGAGAACAUCGACAGCGAGUUGCGGCAAAAGUCGUCCGCCCAGAAGCAGGUUUCGUUUUCCGGUAAGGACCAGAAGAACCUUAGUCCGUACGCGGAUCAGAAGGGUGCGGGUUCGCACGCCAAGGCGAAGCUUCUGGUGGGUGGAGGGGCCACGCCGAGCAUUCUGAAGGCGAAGCGGCAGAUUUCGUUCGAGUGAAUUUUGGGGGGACGGCUUGGUGUGAAUACUUUUCAUUCAGAUUACCAUGGUUUUUUGUUGCAUUUAAAAAUACUUUUUUGAACAUUGUGCGAAUGCAAAAUGGCUAGCAGGAGGUCUGCGCUUCAUUUGCCAAUUGUGGUUCGCAUCCUAAUGGAAGGGUAGCAAAGAACAUUUAUUAUUUAUAGACUACAUGAAUUAUUAUUACCAUUACUAGGCUGUACAUAAAUGAAGUUUGCGGUUUGUCGAAAAAUAAUAAAAAGAAAUAAUUU